ACCUUAUCCAUGUACGACUACCAUCGCAGAGUUCUUGUUACGGGCUUUGGCCCAUUUGGCACGUUUAAAGAAAACCCUUCAUGGCUUGCGGUCAAGACUCUGCACGAUACCAUCCUCAACCCGAAGCAAAAGUCGAUUCACGUUACCAGUCUCAACAUCCCCACUGUCUAUUCUGCCGUGCUCGACACUGUUCCUGGACUUCACUCAGCUCCCCCCGUUCUGCCUGAGAAGUAUACCAGCCCCAUAUCUCUCCCACUGCCCGAUGAAGGCUUCGAUCUUAUCAUCCAUGUUGGAGUAGCUGGUCCAGGAAACUUGCACGUUGAACGACUCGCUCACAAAACGGGUUAUGCGCUGCCAGACUAUGACAAACAACCACCCCCACUUGUCAACACUAAAGGGACCCUCCGUGGGUUUGGCGGUCCUCGAUAUGGUGCCGAGUUUGCAGAUGAAAUCUUCACCUCAAUCGAUGUUGAUAAGCUAGUGCGAGAGCUUACAACAGGACCAAAGCCAGUUAGUGUCCAAACAUCGGAUGAUGCAGGACGUUACCUCUGCGACUUCAUUUAUUACUGCUCAUUGGCCGAGUCCCAACGAGAGGGCAGGGGCUGCCCGGUGUUAUUCGUUCAUUGUCCUCCCGUUGGCAAUAUGCUUAGCACAGAGGAGGUUGCCGAAGGGCUCAAGAGAAUCAUAAUUGCUUCCCUUUAG